AUGAAAUUUUCUACUGAAAUAUAUUGUAUAAUUCUUGAAAACUAUGACUUUGAUGAUAAUUUUAAUAAUUUUAAAGAAAUUAGAAAACUAAGUUCUGUUUGUAAAUUGUUUAAUGAUAUUAUCGAAAAACUUUUAAUUAAAGUUUAUCUUAUCGAUGAAGAUAAUAUGAAAUAUAAUCCAGAACCAACACAUACUUAUUUUUUUAUUGAAAACAAUACAAAAAAUAAAAUAUCGUAUAAAAGAUUUAAAAAUAUAAGAUCUAUUUAUUAUAGUUGGCAAUCUUUACAAACACAAAAAAUUUCUUAUGGAAGUUCUUUUUAUAAAGCUCGUAGUCGAUUUACUAUUGAAUAUAUUAUUCCAAAAAAUAUUUUUUAUGAAAGAUAUUAUAAAUUUCCUUACUUUAUUGAAAAUAUUAAUAAUAAGACAGUAUUUGAAAUUAAAAGUAUUUUUGGCUUUAACAAAAAAUUUGUAAUUGAUUAUGAUAUUGGUUUAUUGGAUUUUUGGAAAUUGGGAGAACUUGAUAAAGACUGGGUCCAUUGUCAUGAUUUGAGUUACCAUUUUACUGAAUUGAUUUUAAAAAAAUUACUUUUAUUUAAAUAUUUGAAAAAUAAAUAUAAUAAAAUUAGAAAUAUUUAUAAUAAUUUAUUUCAUAAUUUUGAUAGUAAUAAUGAAGUAAACUUAAUUGAUUAUUAA